GCUUCAAAUAAAUAAAUAAAAUCAUCAAACAAAACUAAGAGGAAAAGAAACUUAGAGAAAUUAGUGAAGAAGAAACGCGUGAAUUUUCAAGUUACCAAAGCGAGAGAAACUGUUCUUUCAGUUCGAUAGUACUAGUAGUUCAUUUGAAAUUUGCUACUCUGACCCAAAUGGCAGCCAGAACUGUUCGCUUGUUUCAAGACCAAAAUGUCAUUGACCAUGUUAAUGAAGCAGGAACUAUGUCUGGAAAGACAGAUUUUACAGGACAGAGGAAAUCUAAGGUUGGGGGAAGAAAACCACUUGGUGAUCUAUCCAAUGCAGUGAAGCCCAUAAAUAUAGCAGUAGAUGGAAAGAAAGCCAUCAAUGGUCCAUUAAGCACACUUAAACCCUCUGUUAGCCAGACAUCAAAAUCGCUCAGGUCUAAGAACAACCUUGAAAUUGCUUCAAAGGAAAAAAAUCUUGAAACUGACAAAAGAACUGGCAGUAAAGCUUCUAAGAAGCCAAAUACUGGCAGCAGGAGAGCACUUUUUGAUAUUUCAAACUCAGUUUCUGAUGUAAAAAAUAAGAACAACCUGAAGACUAGUAUUUUGACAGGGAAAUAUCUUGAUCCAGUUGCAAUUGCCGAAGAGCAAAUGUUGCACAAUCAUCGUGAAUGUAUAAAAUCACAGAUUGAAACAGUUGAUAUGCAUCACUUUUUCAAGACUGUUGGACUCGAGGAUGAUUCGGACGAUCACAUGAAAAUUUCCAUCGAACCGUCUGCAAUAAGAAAACUGAAGCCUGAGAGUGCUUUCAUGGAAUUGGAGGAGGUCCCUGAAGAGUUGUCUGAUGUGCAGUCUCUAUCUGCAGAGCAUGGUUCCCCAGCACACUGCAUGAGUCCAAAAUUUUCAAGUUAUACAAUGUGGAAUGACUUGGCUGUCAAUUUCAAUUUGAUAGAUACGCCCAAAUUGUCUAGAAACUGAUUUUCUCCCACAACAAUAUAAAUAACUCAUACAAUAGCUAUUUUGUGCCACUCUUGUGAUGGCAAUUAUUGCUUUAUUCUUUUGUAGAUGACCUUUAUGUUUGUUUAGCUAUUAUCUUAGAUUGUUAAUAUUGUUGAGAAGGCUGGUUGUUAUUCCCAAUUAUGUCAAUGAAUGGUGCUCAUCUUUUUCUUCAUAGUAUCUUGUGCUACUCUUGGGAUGGCCAACUAUUGCUGGAUCUUUGUGAAGUACGACCUUAAUGUUUGGUUUAGCUAUCUUGUGCUACUCUUAGAUGACCUGUAUGUUUGUUUAGCUAUUAUCUUAGAUUGUUAAUAUUGUUGAGAAGGCUGGUUGUUCUUCCCAAUUAUGUCAAUGAAUGGUGCUCAUCUUUUUCUUCAUAGUAUCUUGUGCUACUCUUGGGAUGGCCAACUAUUGCUGGAUCUUUGUGAAAGUACACGACCUUAAUGUUUGGUUUAGCUAUCUUGUGCUACUCUUAGAUGACCUGUAUGUUUGUUUAGCUAUUAUCUUAGAUUGUUAAUAUUGUUGAGAAGGCUGGUUGUUCUUCCCAAUUAUGUCAAUGAAUGGUGCUCAUCUUUUUCUUCA